UCCUCCUCACCCGCAGCGGCCCGUACCCUUCCCAAGGAGAGGCGGCGGCAGCGGCGGCGGAGGUGGCGGCGGCCGUAUGCGGGAGAGAGAAAGAGCUCAGCUCGCAUGGCCAUCGCGGUGAGGUCGGCUGCGGCGGUGGCGAGGCACUCCCUGCGCCCUCCGCUGGCCGCGCCCGGCAGCAUCCGCGGCGCCUCGCUCCUGCCGCCGCAGCGCGCUCGCGGCGUGGGCCCGUGUCGCGCCCGCGCUCGCGCGGCGAGCUCCUCCGCGACUGGAGGUGGCGGGCACCUUCCUCCGCUGUUCAGCGUGGCGCCGAUGAUGGACUGGACGGACAACCACUACCGGACGCUCGCGCGGCUGAUCUCGAAGCACGCGUGGCUCUACACGGAGAUGGUGGUCGCGGAGACCAUCGUGCAUCAGAAAGAUAACUUGGAUAGAUUUUUAGCGUUUCCUGCUGAACAGCAUCCUAUUGUGUUGCAAAUUGGUGGAAGUAAUCUGGAUAACUUAGCGAAGGCAACUGAACUGGCAAAUGCUUAUUCGUACGAUGAGAUCAACCUAAACUGUGGCUGCCCCAGUGGCAAAGUUGCUGGUCAUGGUUGCUUCGGUGCUCGCUUAAUGUUUGAUCCAGAGUUUGUAGGGGAUGCUAUGUCAGCUAUUGCUGCCAAUUGUAAUGUCCCAGUCAGCGUUAAGUGCAGAAUUGGUGUUGAUGAUCGUGACUCCUACGAAGAACUUUGUGAAUUUGUAGAUAAGGUUGUUUCAAAAUCACCAACUAGGCAUUUCAUUAUUCAUGCCCGGAAGGCAUUGCUAAGUGGCCUCAGUCCUGCAGAAAAUCGGAACGUUCCUCCUUUAAAAUAUGAAUACUACUUUGCUUUAUUGCGGGACUUCCCAGAUGUGCAGUUUACUCUAAAUGGAGGUAUAACUACUAUUGAUCAAGUCACUGCAUCCAUAAGACAAGGUGCACAUCGAGUUAUGGUUGGCCGGGCUGCAUAUAAUAAUCCAUGGAACAUGCUGGGGCAUGUGGACAGUGAAGUCUAUGGGAUGCCGACAAGACGCUCUUCUCGUCGCCAGAUCCUUGAGAGCUACCAGGUUUAUGGUGAUUCAAUAAUGGGCCAAUAUGGCCCCAGCAGACCAAACGUGAGACAACUUGUCAAGCCAUUGUUAAAUUUAUUCCACUCGGAACCUGGCAAUGGCCUUUGGAAACGCAAGGCUGACUCUACACUGCGUCAUUGCAAGACACUUGAAUCCUUCUUAGAGGAGACUCUUGACGCGAUACCAAACUCUGUCCUUGACGCACCAAUAGGUAAGGAGGCAUACAUCGAGGAGGGACAUUUUGCUGAUAUGGAUUCAUUAUUGCCGCCUAGAUAUUCAUCACUGACCAACGGUAGCUGUGAAAUUCCAGCACUUGUAACUGCAUCCACCUGACCACCAUAUUUUCCGUGGAGAUGCUAAAAUUUACUGAAAAAAAAAGAUAAGCCUGCAAGAUUACUGUUAUAAUACAGACCCCUCCUGGGUUAGAUUAGAUACGCGGGAACACUAUUGAUUGUAAGUUGAAACAAACAUCAUGAAAUGUGUAUAUAUUCUUUGGGAGGAAGGAUAUGUCAUCGUUCCACUGUAGCUUCGAUCAGGAACCCAAUUAUGUCUUAUGUCUUUUUCAACGUAAUUGCAGAAGAAAAUGUAUUCCCUGCUUAGUUUCAGCCAGGAAGGCAUGAACUGGCCUCGAACCAGGUCCAGUCACUUCAAGCUACUCUUUUAGAAUUUAAAUUUUGGCAUAAAAUUUAAAUUCCCGAGCAGAGAGAGAAUGCUAUAUUUCA